AGCGCUCUCUUCUCCUCAAAACCAAAAUGGCAGCCACUCUUUUCUUUGCUUCCAUCACUCCCCACGUUAACUCACAGCGUCAGUGCAUCAUUUUCCGGCCAAAUUAUGGGCACAAAAUCUAUAGAAUUAGAUGCAGUGGAGAAAAUUCCAAGAGCAAUUUACCCACAGCAGAAGAAUCUGUACCCGAAAAUGCUCUUCUCAAGGUAGCCUGGUAUGGCUCCGAGCUUUUGGGGAUUGCUGCUUCCUUUCUCCGAUCACGUUCAAAUGUUGAAGAAGGUGCCCAGAGCAAUAUCAAGCUUGACAUAGAUGGGUCAGGAGCUUUUGAUCGUACAGCAGUCGUUCAAACCAUCAAAGAUGACUUUGAAAGAUCAUAUUUUGUCACUGGUCAAGUUACACUUGACGCAUACGAGGAGAAUUGUGAAUUUGCUGAUCCAGCAGGUUCCUUCAAAGGGCUUCAACGUUUCAAAAGGAACUGCACAAACUUUGGAUCUCUUAUUGAAAAGUCAAAUAUGAAACUUAUGAAGUGGGAGGACUUUGAGAACAAGGGAGUGGGACACUGGCGUUUUAGUUGCGUAAUGUCAUUUCCGUGGAGACCUAUUCUUUCUGCUACUGGAUAUACAGAGUAUUAUUUUGAUGCACAAUCUGGAAAAGUAUGCAGGCACGUGGAGCACUGGAACGUUCCCAAAAUGGCAUUGCUGAAGCAACUUCUGAGGCCUACUCGGGGUUUCCGGUUUAAGAGAAAAAACAGCUGAAGAACCUCUUAGCUCAUCCUCCUUGCAGAGAUGAUGAACCUUUCUCCUCAGAAAGAAUAUGACAGGGCAAGAAAUUUGACAGAAGAACAUGGAAGAAACUUAUGCUGGCCUUGUGGAGCUUCUAAUUGUCGGAAGUUGUCACCUGCAUAGUAAUCUAUAAAGUAUUCAGACAGGCAAACCAUGCAGAAGCAGGCAUUACUACACUAGAAAGUUUGUAAAAGACAAGGGAAAGAAGCCUGUUUGGGACCUGUAUAUCCCUGCCAUAUUGCUAUAUUGCUUCUCCUAUAGGCAUUCAAUAGACAUAUUCCUGCGGCUGUAAUGCACUUUGUUUUGUAGCCAAUCUGUGAUUGUCACGUACUUUAUUCCCCUUCUUAAAAAUCGAAACACCGGUUGAUCGGUUUAGGUUCCUGCCAUAAUUGUGCGAGCUUACGUCUUUUCUACAUGCAAGGGCAAGGAAGCCUGGUUGUUUUUUAGCUAAUAUUACCAUGCUUAAAAGCCAUGUCUACGGGAGCAGAUGUGAUCAUGUAAGUUACCAACCAUGACAGAGAAUAAGUGGAUAAUGGCCCAUAAGCGGCAGGGAAUCGAGCCAUGAAUACCCUUUGAUGGGAAAUGAUCAGAAGAGCUGAAGGAUUCCUAAUGAAUGAUGUCUCAACCUUCAGCACAGUGUGCCCUCAAUAUCAAGCCUGAGGCUAAACAAUAAUUGAAGCAACAGACCCAUCUAUUGAAAUAAUAUACACACAAUCAUCGAGCUAGGAACUGUUCAGAAUCAAAUGUUUCACUCUAAAAUCAUUUGAUGAAUUGUAGCUGAAUUUCUUCCUAUAGCCUUACAAUCAUACAGCAUAUGCAUUCAAAGAUUUUUUUAAAAAUUUUUUUAGAUUACGAAUGAAUUUAAACUUCAAAUUUU